AUGUGAACCAUGCAGGUGGAUGCUGUUCUUGUGCUCUUCUGUGUUUGGCUCGCAGGAACAGCUGGGAGCUUGGCCCAGUCAAGGGGUCACAAGCUGGAGAUCUACAACAAACAGAGCAGGUCACGAAGAGAGACCAGAAUGGAUGGGGGUGGUGUUAAAAAAACUGGAAGCCCAAUUUACAAGCGAAGUCCAGACAUGACAAAAUCUUUGAUGACAAAAUCUGAGCAACUCCUGAGAAUAGAAGACCAUGAUUUCACCAUGAGGCCAGCGUUUGGAGGUCCUCCAAUUCCUGUUGGAGUGGAUGUUCAGGUUGAAAGUCUGGACACCAUCUCCGAGGUGGAUAUGGACUUUACCAUGACACUUUACCUGCGUCACUACUGGAAGGACGAGCGGCUGUCGUUCCCGAGCACCAACAACCAGAGCAUGACCUUUGACAGUCGCCUGGUGAAAAAGAUUUGGGUUCCUGACAUGUUCUUCGUCCACUCUAAGCGCUCUUUUAUCCAUGACACCACAACUGAUAACGUCAUGCUGAGGGUUUACCCGGAUGGCAACGUCCUCUACAGUCUCAGAGUCACUGUCACUGCUAUGUGCAACAUGGACCUCAGCCGCUUCCCUCUGGACACACAAACCUGCUCGCUGGAGAUUGAGAGCUAUGCGUACACAGAUGACGACCUGAUGUUGUACUGGAAGAAAGGCAACGAAUCCCUGAACACGGACGAUAGAAUAUCUCUGUCCCAGUUCCUCAUCCAGAAAUUUCACACCACCACCAAGCUGGCUUUCUACAGCAGCACAGGCUGGUACAACCGUUUGUACAUCCACUUCACCCUGCGGCGCCACAUCUUCUUCUUCCUGCUGCAGACUUACUUCCCUGCUACUCUGAUGGUCAUGCUGUCCUGGGUGUCCUUCUGGAUCGACCGUAGGGCCGUCCCCGCCAGGGUGCCACUAGGCAUCACCACAGUGCUGACCAUGUCCACCAUCAUCACCGGGGUCAACGCCUCCAUGCCGCGGGUCUCCUACAUCAAGGCAGUGGACAUUUACCUCUGGGUCAGUUUUGUCUUUGUCUUCCUCUCGGUGAUAGAGUACGCGGCAGUCAACUACCUCUCCACUGUACAGGAGAGGAAAGAGAGGAAACUAAGGGAGAGACUGCCGUGUACAUGCAGCAUUGGCAACCCUGAUGAGAUGAUGAUCGACCCCCAGAUCACUGGCUAUGGGUCCAUGGAUAUAAACAACACAGGGAAUUAUGGGAUGCCUGAGAACGGUGGUCGCCAGGAUCGAAUGUUGGCCCGGGUGUCAUUGAAUGACCCGCACAUUGCAAGCCAGGUGAAGCCAUCCAGAGGCUAUGUGAACAUUUGGAUAGACACCCACGCCAUAGACAAGUACUCAAGGAUUGUGUUUCCUGGAGCGUACAUCCUCUUUAACAUCAUCUAUUGGUCCAUCUACUCGUAACCAGGGAUGCAGAAGUAGAGUCUUGUGAGAGUCGUUAAUGAUGAGACUCCAGAAGCUUGGCUCAUUUGUAGAGGAGCAGGAAAAUAGCAUUGCAUUUGAUGCUUUUCAGACCCAGAAACUGCACUUAAGAUGCAUGGGGACAAUCGUCAGAUUGGUAACCAUUGCCUUCUCAACCCAGCCCCUUAAAACAGAAGAGUUUAUAAAUGAGCUACUGACUCACAGAACAGUCAUUGCUGUUUUUCACUCCAUCAAAUCGAUGUGGCUUCAUGUUGUAACUAUCAGUGCAGGUGAUGGAAAGACAUUUGGAUAUUUUUGCCUCAGGACUUACUGCACAGUGAGACGCAACACGGAGCUGUGCAUUUUAACUCGGCGACAUUUCAGUUCUUGAUGCAGUGACUCUUUGACCACAUUUUUAAAACCAAAAAAUGUGAACUGAAAACCUCGGCUUAUGAACUUCAGUUGACAAUCAAUGGCAAACUAAAAUACUUUAAGGAAUAGUUUGGCUUAUUUGCAUUUUGGUAGAAAGUUAGAUAACAAAAUGUAUACCACUCUCAUGUCUGUACAGUAAAUAUGAAGCUAAAGCAAGGAGAAGGCUAGCAUAAUACAGCUAGCCUGCUCUAUCCACCUACCAGCAUCGCUUAAACAGGCUUAGUAAUUAAAUUGUCAAAUCAUAUAUUAGUUACUUUGAGAGAGAGAGAUAUAUAUAAAGUGUGUUAAAUAGGCUUAUGUAUUGUCUUGUUUCAGGUGCAAGCCCCUGAAUUGAAUCAAGUUGAAAUCGUAUCGUGGCUUACUUUAUGAUAUCAGUAAAUAUUGUACUGUUGCCCAUAGAAUCAAUAAAAUAUUGUAUUGGGAUCAAAUGUGGGAUUUCCACCCCUAGCAGGCACAUGGUGGCCUUAGGACCGAGCCAGGCUAGCACCGCCUAGCUGUACAAACAUGAGAGCGGUAUCAAUCUUCUUUUCUGACUCUCGGCUGAGAAAACUAUUUAGUGCCAUUUUCCAAAAUUUGAAACUAUUUCUUCAGAAACCUGCUAAUCUUAUUAUUCUUAAAGCAUGUUAUUAUGAUUCAGUCUGUGUUACAUUUCUCUUAAUCUUUGUUUCAAUGCAAUUAUUUUGCUGUGAAGCUACUUGCUGCGUUGCAUUUAUGUGAUUUGAUAAAGUAAUGGUAUACAGGCAAAAUAAUGCAUUCUAUUUAAAUCACAAAUGUAAAAUAUAUGUUUAGUAAAUCCCAAACACUGAUUAUGGUAUUGACUUUUUUAAAUGUCUUUAUUUCUUUUUCUUUUUUUUUAUACAACUGAAGCUCAUUUCCUCUUGUUUGGUGUUGUGAGGCUCUGAGAUUCGCUGUGACCCGUUAGUUGCUAGUUUAAUAUGUUGAUAAAAGAUAUUUAAAAUAUAUUUUGGUGGAUUAUUACAAUAAAAUGACCAAACCCACAGAUAUUACAUUUGGUAAAAAUGUUUAAUGUUUUGUUUCAUGAAAAUGUGAUAUUUGAGCAGAAUUUAGGUGCUGGACAACACAACCACAAUACUGUACAUAUUAAAUCUCCAUGUUACACAUUUAGUAUGUAUAAAUGUAAAUGGAUUGAGAUGCAUGGCUGAAUAUCGCUUUUAUUCUGAAUUUUGCUUCUGCAGACAUCAAUAAAAAUCUGCCGAAACAACCU